AUGGAUCGAUUCAACAUUAACAGUCAAAUUGAACAUUUGCAAUCCAAAUAUGUUGGUACUGGUCAUGCCGAUACCAUCAAACAUGAAUGGAUGACGAAUCAACAAAGGGACAGCUACGCUUCUUACAUUGGUCACAACUCUUUAAUUUCAUACUUUUCCGUGGCUGAAAACGAAUGCAAAGCAAGAGUCAAACACAAUAUCUUGGAGAAAAUGUUGCAACCUUGCGGACCGCCACCUGUACGCGACGAACAAUAG